UUUAUGGGGUUUUUUUUAAUAGACUACCAGUCCUUACUCAAAACAAGCUCCAUAUACCUCCUACCUUUGCCAUGACAACUUCCGAUGAUUUCCGUGUGUGGGGCAAGGAGAUGGUGGACUACAUCUCGCGUUACCAGGACGGUAUCGAGGAGAGGCCUGCCCUUGCCCAGGUUGCUCCAGGAUACCUGCUCGACCAGAUACCUUCUGAUGCCCCCAAGAAGCCAGAUGAAUGGAAAGAUGUGUUAGCUGACGUGGAGAGGCUCAUUAUGCCAGGGGUAACCCACUGGAAUAAUCCAAAUUUCCACGCCUACUUCCCGACCGCAAACUCAUUUGCCGCGAUAUUAGGGGACAUGGUUUCAGAUGCAAUAGCAUGUGUUGGAUUUUCGUGGAUUGCUAGUCCAGCGUGUACAGAACUUGAGAUGAUGAUGAUGAAUUGGUUAGGGAGGAUGCUGAAGCUUCCUGCAUCGUUCUUAUUCAAUGAAGACAGCCAAGGAGGAGGCGUUAUACAGGGUACAGCGAGCGAGGCAACUCUUGUAGCUUUGCUAGCAGCCAAGAUGAAAACAAUUCGACAGAAGAUAGAAGAAGAUCCUAGUCUGGAUCAGUAUGACGUCAUGUCAAAACUUGUCGUAUACACUUCAGAUCAGAGUCAUUCAUCUGUAGAACGAGCAGCUUUGAUCGCUAGUCUUCGUAUCAGACAGUUAGCGACCGAUGACAAACAUUCCCUGAGAGGAGAUGUACUCAAGAAAGCAAUAGAGGAAGACAAGGCCAAAGGAAGAAUCCCUGUUUAUCUCUGUGCCACACUCGGAACAACCACAUCUUGUGCGUUCGAUAACCUGAAGGAGCUGGGACCAAUAUGUAAAGAAGAAGGUCUAUGGUUCCACAUUGAUGCUGCGUAUGCCGGGAGUGCAUUUAUAUGCCCUGAAUAUAGACAUCUAUUAGACGGUGUCGAACUCGCCGAUUCUUUCAACUUCAACCCUCACAAGUUUCUUCGUGUAACCUUCGACUGCUCGGCACUAUGGGUAAAAGAUAGGGCCGCGUUAGAGGGCGCCUUCCAUGUUAACCCAGCCUACCUCAAACACCAUCACCAAGACACUGUCAUAGAUUACAGGCAUUGGCAAAUUCCAUUGGGUCGCCGGUUCAGAUCUCUCAAGUUAUGGUUCGUCUUCAGACUAUUUGGGGUAGAGAAACUUCAAGAUUACAUCAGAAAGCAUGUGUCUCUUGCGAAGGAAUUCGAAGCGCUCGUGGUCAGUGACAACCGAUUUGAAAUCGUCGCGGAGGUCAUUCUGGGUCUCGUCUGCUUCAGAUUAAAGGGCUCGGACAACUUGAAUAAGAUCUUACUGGAUCGAAUCAAUGCAAACGGCAAGAUACACAUGGUCGGUUCAGUGCUGAAAGGUCGCUACAUCCUCAGAAUGGCUGUGUGUGCAACAGAGACCGAAUCAAGACACAUGAUUCAUGCAUGGGAUGUCAUCACAGAACUCACUACUAAACUCUUGGCUGAGGGGACUAAUGGAAAUGAUGAGAUUACGUCAACCAAAUGCGUGUCGUCGGCGCAGAAGACCAAUGGACACGCCCCAACUUCAGUAGAGUAACCUAUUUAGAUCAUAGAUCUCAGGGGAAAAAAUAAAUAGUCUUAAUCUAAUGUAUAUUUUUGAAUAUUUUGUUUAUCAUUUUUGUAUUCAUUCAACAAUCACAUUAUCCAGAAGCUUUAAAGUGCAUUCUACUUUACGGGAUGGCGAAAUAUAUUUCAUCUUCAAUGCCCAGAGGGGCCACUUACAUUGACGAGUGGAUACCAUGCGCGACCCC